AUGGAAAUGCCUCACGGGGGUUGCCCCCGGGCUGUUCCAGAGACCCGGCAGAGCUCCAGUCAAUCAGGUGGGGGAGUGAGCGCGGUCCACCACACCUCCUACAACUAUGUCAAGGUUGCCAUCGCCAUCCCCGUGGCACCGAGGGAGAUCCGCUUCUUACUCCUGUUCAGCAAGCAGGGAAAACUGCGGCUGCAGAAGUGGUUCACACCAUUAACAGACCGGGAAAAGAGGAAGGUGAUCCGAGAUAUGAUGAUGAUUGUGUUGGCCCGCGCUCCCCGUUCAUGCAACUUCCUGCAAUGGAGAGACCUUAAGAUUGUCUAUAAGAGGUACGCCAGCCUAUAUUUCUGCUCUGGUCUGGAGGAACAAGAUAAUGAGCUGCUGAGCCUUGAGGUGCUGCACAGAUAUGUGGAACUGCUGGAUAACUACUUUGGCAACGUGUGUGAGCUGGAUAUUAUUUUCAAUUUUGAAAAGGCGUAUUACAUCUUGGAUGAAUUCUUGAUGGGAGGAGAAGUGCUAGAAACAUCCAAAGUUUCCGUGGGUUUCGCUCUACAGGAGGCUGAUGCACUCCAAGAGACAAUGGAGGAGUAUAUGAACAAACCUUCCUACUGA